AUGUCGGUUUGUCGUAUAGUUCGUCCUUAUUAUAAUUUGUUAAAACGUGAACAAAGUGUUUCAACAUUGAGUUCAUAUCGUGAUCGAUCAUUCUAUAAAUAUUUUAUCGAUAUGCAAACUCGAUUGCGAGACAAUGAUUAUUAUGGUCAUGUUAAUAAUGUUGUUUAUGGUGAAUGGAUCGAUACAAUUGUUAAUAAAUAUUUAAUUGAUAAAUGUUCACUACAACCAUUAAAAUCUCCAUUAAUUGGUUAUGUUGUUAGUUCACAUUGUGAAUAUUAUUCUCCAGUAUCAUAUCCAUCAACAAUAUCACUUGGCUUAUUUAUUAAAAAAUUAGGAAAAUCAUCAGUUGAUUAUCAAGUUGGAAUAUUUGAAAAUAAUCAAUCUUUAAAAGCUUCUGCUGUUGGUGGUUUUACACAUGUUUUUGUUGAUAGGACAACACAACGGCCUCAUCCAAUUGACCAAGAAUUUCGAAAUAAACUUUCACUUAUUUUAAAUUAA